AUGGUUGAUAGUUGGAUGGUUGAUAGUUGGAUGGUUGAUAGUUGGAUGGUUGAUAGUUGGAUGGUUGAUAGUUGGAUGGUUGAUAGUUGGAUGGUUGAUAGUUGGAUGGUUGAUAGUUGGAUGGUUGAUAGUUGGAUGGUUGAUAGUUGGAUGGUUGAUAGUUGGAUGGUUGAUAGUUGGAUGGUUGAUAGUUGGAUGGUUGAUAGUUGGAUGGUUGAUAGUUGGAUGGUUGAUAGUUGGAUGGUUGAUAGUUGGAUGGUUGAUAGUUGGAUGGUUGAUAGUUGGAUGGUUGAUAGUUGGAUGGUUGAUAGUUGGAUGGUUGAUAGUUGGAUGGUUGAUAGUUGGAUGGUUGAUAGUUGGAUGGUUGAUAGUUGGAUGGUUGAUAGUUGGAUGGUUGAUAGUUGGAUGGUUGAUAUUGGAUGGUUGAUAGUUGGAUGGUUGAUAGUUGGAUGGUUGAUAGUUGGAUGGUUGAUAGUUGGAUGGUUGAUAGUUGGAUGGUUGAUAGUUGGAUGGUUGAUAGUUGGAUGGUUGAUAGUUGGAUGGUUGAUAGUUGGAUGGUUGAUAGUUGGAUGUUGGAUGGUUGAUAGUUGGAUGGUUGAUAGUUGGAUGGUUGAUAGUUGGAUGGUUGAUAGUUGGAUGGUAGGAUGGUUGAUAAUUGGAUGGUUGGAUGGUUGA